AUGUUUCCAAACUUAUUUAAUGAUGAUAACAUUGACGCAAGCAAGAAAAGAUUUUACACAAAUGCAACUGAUGUGAUAAACAGAGGCUGUUCUUCAUUUGCUCUUCACUACAUGUGUAGUUUGAUUUUCCCAAAAUGCGUUGAUGGAUACAUGUUGUACCCAUGCAAAAGUACUUGUCUAGAGAUAAAAAGCAAAUGUGGUCCAGAUGCAACGAUAUUUCCCUGUGAAUAUUUCGUUGAUGAUGAAACCUACUGCUUUUACCCAGAACCGAUCACCACAGAAAAAACAGAACUGCCAACUACUGUGAGUAAAAGAACAACAACAACAACAGCAGCAACAACAACCUCCGAUCUAUGCUUUGCCUUGGACUUCAAGACUUGUGCUGACACGGGUUAUACAAGAACAAUGUUUCCAAACUUAUUUAAUGAUGAUAACAUUGACGCAAGCAAGAAAAGAUUUUACACAAAUGCAACUGAUGUGAUAAACAGAGGCUGUUCUUCAUUUGCUCUUCACUACAUGUGUAGUUUGAUUUUCCCAAAAUGCGUUGAUGGAUACAUGUUGUACCCAUGCAAAAGUACUUGUCUAGAAAUUCAGAGAAAUUGUGGACCUGAGGCUACGUUUUUCUCUUGUGAAUACUUUAUAGAUGACAAAACCUAUUGUUUCCUGCCAGACCCAAUGCCAACCACAAAAGUCACUGUACCUGCCAUCACAACAACAGUAGAAACAACUACACAAGACAUGUGUUUUUUAUUAACUUCAACACCAUGUGGCAGUUUAUAUCCCAAAACAAUGUUCCCAAAUAUUUUUAAUGACAAAGACUUAAAUGCAGCCAUGAACACCUUCAAGAAACUGGCAGAACCAAUUCUUAAGCAAAACUGUUCCUCCCUGAGUCUGCAUUAUUUAUGUGGGUUAAUAUUUCCAAAAUGUGAUGCAGGUUUUGCUAAGUUUUCAUGCAAUAGCACCUGUCAAGCUGUUAAUGAAAGUUGUGGAUCUGCACUAAUUAAAUGCACAUCUCUAACUGAUGACUCAAACCUCUGCUUCCUUCCUGAACAGCAGACAACAACAGCUCUUGUAACGACAACUAUACAAAAGACCACAACCCCUGAACUAGGUCCAGAUUCCUGUUACACACUCCCCGAACAAAUGUGUAUUGAUACCGGUUAUACUCGAAUGAUGACUCCAAAUUUAUUUAAUGAUAUGGAUCUGAAUGAUGCAAAGAAACGUUUCCAGGACAUCGCUAUUCCUAUCAUAAAAUCUAAUUGCUCUUCACUUAUUACUCACUACAUGUGUGGAAUGAUAUUUCCCAAAUGCGAAAACUCUUUUAUCAAGUAUGCAUGCAAAAGCACCUGUGAAACUAUCAAAAAUGACUGCGGCUCUGCUGCAACAUUAAUAAGUUGUGAACAACUAACAGAUGCAGAUGAAUUCUGCUUCUUGCCAACUGUAAGAAACUGUGAUCCUGAUUUUGAACAUAAAUGUGUAAGUGGUGAAUGUAUCAAGAAAUACCAAGUAUGCGACAACAUCACCCAGUGUACGGAUGGCAGCGAUGAAAAAAACUGCACUUGUCCAUUUGGCCAGUUUACAUGCAACAAUGGAAAAUGUAUAAUGUCUGAAUGGGUAUGUGAUGGUGAGUCAGAUUGUGAUGAUGCAUCGGAUGAACGUGACUGCAAUAAAUGUCUCACACAUCAAUUUGUGUGUGAUGAUUACACCUGCAUAGAAUCCAAUAAACGAUGUGACUAUGCAAUUGACUGCCCUGAUGGAUCUGAUGAACACCGUUGUGUGAUAAAAUCAGAUGAAGACUUACUCAGUGUGGUUGUGAAUGAACGUGAUUACAUCAUCUGUGCUUCCACUUGGUCUGAUGAUCUUGGUUCUUUGGCCUGUGAAAAAGUUGGUAUGGGCACUUUCAAUAACACAAUUGUUACAACUUCAAAAUGGUCCAUUCGUUUUGCUCAUAUUGAGCAGCAAGCUUCAAAUGUUACCAGUCCAACAGUAUUUGGACCUGUUACAAUACGGAGCUAUUGCAAAGACAAUAAUGGAAUCAAACUGACUUGUGCAUUUAAAGGUUGUGGAAUUGCCCCUAUGUUCAGCUCCAUGUCAGAUUAUUCCCCUCAGGUAGUCCCAAUGAUUGUGAGAGGAUCAGAAACUGCACCUGGCAGCAAUCCGUGGUAUACGUUACUUCACAUUGGAAGCAAGGUGUGUGGUGGCAGUAUCAUAAAUGAAGACUUUAUCAUCACCGCUGCACACUGCGUAAGUGGCUACCAACCAGAAAAUAUCUUUGUCUACUUAGCACCAUCUGACCAGUCCAAGAAAAAACCAUACCGAAUGAAGAAGCAUGUACACCGUAUUGUAAUGCACAACUUCACCUGGAUACCCAAAAUAAAUGACAUAGCGCUGUUACAGUUAAAGACUCCCAUUAAUUUUGAUGAGUAUAUUCAACCAAUUUGCCUGGUUGGGAAAAAUGAUAUUUUCACUUCCAAGUCAAGUUGUUGGUCCUCUGGAUAUGGUUAUACAUCAUCAUCUAAAAAUAGCUCUAUUUCUAACACACUGCAAGAAGCCAAGAUGACCCUUUGGCAAACAAAGAAGUGUAACAGUAGCCGAGUGUGGAAUGGAGAAAUAAAAACUGGUAUUUGUGCAGGUUAUUAUUCAGGACAGAUUGCCGUGUGCCUGGGUGACAGUGGUGGUGCAUUAUGGUGUAAAGACGAGCACAAUAUUGCUAAAUUGGUGGGCAUAACCAGUUUUGUGCCACGUAUCUGUGAUACUAAAGAGAGGCCUGGAGUGUUUACUGAUGUAAAACUCUUUCUGUCAUGGAUUGAACGAAAGACAAAAUGUCACUUUAGAUGUAAGGAUAAUUCAUGUCUAUUUGAUGAUGACUUGUUAUGUGACCGAACACCCAACUGUCCUGACGGAAGUGAUGAAACCUUACUUUGCACUACUUCAGUCAGCUGCUCAUUUGAUGAUAAAUUCUUAUGUGGCUAUAAAAUAUCAAACUGGACAUGGAGUAAACCUGUCAUUGUUGAGCAGGACUUGCCCAAAUUUGACCACACCCAUGGAGGACCACCAGGCCGUUUCAUUUAUGGAAAAGCUGAAAGUGGCAUUCUGCAGACCCCAGUAUUCACAGUUGACCAACCAAAUUGUGUUCGUUUCUUCUACCAAGCUCUAAAGGCACAAUAUAGCAACAUGCAUGUCUACUUGAUUGAUGAGCUCAAUAACAGGAAUCCUGCUAUUCUGCUAUGGACACUACCAAAGCAAAGCAUGACCGACACCUGGAAAAUGGCACUUCUGAAUAUUAAUGUCACUGGAACUUUUAGCCUUAAAUUCAUAUUGAAAAAUUCUCAAGGCAGUAUUGUAAAUCUUGAUGAUAUCCAUAUAUCCAAUGGUACCUGUUCUGAAAAGUCAUGUCUUCCAAACGAGAUCUCCUGUAACCAAAAUAACUACAAUGCUUUAUGUCUUCCUAAAGAAGCACAAUGUAAUAGUCUUAACCAUUGUGACAUUACAUCAGAAGAUGAAAUCAACUGUGCAGAUUCUUUCUACCAUUGUGAAUUUGACAAUGGUGUUGUGUGUGGUAUUCAACAAUCCAAGGAAGAUCUUUUUGACUGGUUUUAUGUUCCAGCACGCACCAUCAACAAUAUUGAUCACACAACAAGGACUGCAGAUGGUAUGCUGGCAUAUGCAUCAACAUAUCAUCCAAGAACAGAUUCUUGGAGAAAACGUAUGACACUUAAACUGAGGUCUGGAAACAUACCACAUUGCUUACAAUUUUUCUUUCAAUAUGAUUCAACUGCUACUCUACAGGUCAGCUUAUUUACUGGGAAAGUGACCAGAACAUUGUGGUCAUAUUCACAAUAUAAAGCUACAACGUGGGCAAAGGCACAAGUCUCCCUUCCAGCUCUCCAAGGAGACUCUGAAGUCUAUUUCGACACCAUUGGAGCACCACCUGAUUCAACACCUCGGCCUUUCAUUGUACUUGAUGAUAUCAGCAUUGCACGAGGAGCCUGUCCAAAUCUUACUUGUGAUGCAAAUUGGUUAGCGUGUGCAUCGGGAGACCUCUGCUAUCAUUCAUCAGCAAAGUGUAAUCGACAUAUUAACUGCAUGGAUUUCAGUGAUGAAACCGAUUGUCUGUGCAAUAAUGAUGAAUUCAAAUGUGGUUCUGGAAGGUGCAUUGAUAAUGCUAAACUUUGUAAUGGCAAACAAGACUGCAGAGAUGGCAGUGAUGAAAUCACACCUUGUGAAAUUUACAACAAUGUAACCUGCUCUUUUGAGAAACCAUACAAAUGCGGAUACCGAACAAACGGUACUGAGUUUAUUUGGUUACGAACAAAAGGAGAUACACCAUCAACAGACACUGGGCCAUCAGGUGAUCAUUAUAAUAACAAAGAAGGUUAUUACAUGUAUACUGAAGGCACAGACGGAGAAGAAGGAGAUAAAGCCACGCUGACAUCACCUCAUUUCCAGACCAAACAAACCAGCAGUCUUCAUUUCUAUUACCAUAUGUUUGGCAAUGCUAUAAAAGGCCGUAACUACCAAAAUGAUAUGGCAAUUGAUGAUAUUUCUCUCUAUCAUUCACCAUGUUCCUCUUCUGGUGUCCCAUCAACAACACCGAUUUCCAAUGCUACUGCAUGUGAAGGUGACAAGUGGCAAUGCAAAACAGGAGAGUGCAUUUCUAUCCAUCUGAAAUGCAAUAAAGUGCAAAACUGUGCAGAUAACACAGACGAAUUGUUAUGCCCUAAUUGA